AUGAGCUCCACUUCUAAAGUCUACGAAAAGUCAAAUAAGACUGAUGAGUUUAACCAGCUUAAUGAAAAUAAAAUAUCUGAAGAGAAAUUAACAGGAUCACCAAAUCACGAUGCAACUAGAAAAUCAUCAGACCAGCGGAAAAAAUUAACAGCAUCUGUGGUCCCAAAUGAAGGAACUGUCGAACAAUCCAGAGCAACUUCUCUAGUCCCUGAAUCUUCUCCACUUGGAAGCCUUAACAGGGUUCUCAAAAAUGAUGUCCAUUUAUGCAGUAAUGCAAGCUCUGGUGUUGCUCCAUUGAGCUCUUAUAGUGCAGCAAGUGGAAGUGUGUCGAAUCGCAAGAGCCGAGGUGGAUCAAGCGGACUGUUUCAUUCGAUCUACGCACCGAGAGUCUUAAUUCCGAAUAUUCCAGCAAGCCAACUAUAUCGUCAUCAGUUCUCUUUGAACCCUAUGUUACAGCAGGCUGGAUCAUUUACUUUCAAUGGGUCAUCCGUAAAAUCUCAGAACCUAUUGCCAAGUUCUUCCUCACUUGCGUCUGUUGCACUUCCGAAUAAAACAAACGGAAUGUCCACAUCCACUGUCGGAGGGGUAAAUGGAUGUAUUUGUCCACUAGGAAAAGCAUCUAUUUGUGAAUAUACACCCCACUCAGGCAACUUAAUGCAACAACGUAUAAUUGGUCAAACAAUGCAAAAUCGUGCACGUUCUUCCCUUAAUAACGCAGGAAGUGGUACAUUUUUUACCCUUCCAGGGAAGCGAAUUCCAGGUUAUUCCGAGAACGGACUUCCCAGUCUCUCCAGUUAUCUACACGCAGACCCUACAAAACAUUUUGCUACUAGAUCGCCUGGUCUCCUAAUGACCCCUCCGACUUCAACUUAUAAUCUACCCAAUCAUAUACCUUGUCUAAUGGGCGAUGAAACUGCUUGCUCUGCCGUUCAAACUGGAUCAUCGCAAGCCCUCUUGGCGAAUUACCCUACAAGUCUUAUCCCUAGCACGGGACUCAGCCUGGCCCAAUUAGAGACGGCAGCUGCCCUGGCUGCGGCCUUUUCUUCAAGUCCAUUUAACAAGCCUGGCAUCGGAGUGACACAAUUAGGUCCUUGGACAGGACCAUCUUUUUUUGCGGGACAACCAAUGCCUAGUGAUGAAACCUGU